CUCCGCACCGAAAACUUUCCCGGAGCGUCCGGCGGGGCCAUGGGCCGCGGCCCGCGCUGAGCACCAUGUUCCCCGCCGGAGGCUGCCUCGGCGCCGGGCUGCUGCUGCUGGCUGCCCUCUGCCCCCCCGCCGACACCGAAGUCUGCACCGGGACCGACAUGAAGCUGCUACGCCCCUCCAGCCCCGAGAGCCACUACGAGACCCUGCGGCACCUCUACCAGGGCUGCCAGGUGGUCCAGGGCAACCUGGAGCUCACCUACCUGCCCCCCGAUGCUGACACCGCCUUCCUCAAGGACAUCAAGGAGGUGCAGGGUUACGUGCUGAUUGCGGAGAACCAAGUGAGCCAGCUGGAGCUGCAGAACCUGCGCAUCAUCCGGGGGACACAGCUCUUCCAGGACCGCUACGCCUUGGCCGUGGUGGGCAACGCCAGCCCCACCGGCACGCCGGGGCUGCGCCAGCUCGGCAUGAGGAACCUCACAGAGAUCCUGAAAGGAGGGGUGCGUAUCGAGAGGAACCCCCAGCUCUGCUUCCAGGAAACCAUCCUCUGGGCUGAUAUCUUCCACCGGCACAACGAGCUCCAUGGCGAGACCCACGUGGACAGCACCCGCACCCGCAGCUGUCCUGACUGCCGGGCACUGUGUGCCGAGGGGCACUGCUGGGGUGAGGGACCACAGGACUGCCAGACACUGACCAACAGCAUCUGCCACGGUUGUCCCCGCUGCAAGGGGAGGAAGCCGACUGACUGCUGCCACGAGCAGUGUGCCGCGGGCUGCACCGGCCCCAAGCACUCCGACUGCCUGGCAUGCCUGAACUUCAACCGGAGCGGGAUCUGUGAGCUGCACUGUCCCCCCCUCGUCAUCUACAACUCGGACACCUUCGAAUCGGUGCCCAACCGCGACGGGCGCUACACCUUCGGUGCCAGCUGUGUCAGCCAGUGUCCCUAUAACUACCUGGCAACGGAGGUGGGGUCCUGCACCCUCGUGUGUCCCCAGAACAGCCAAGAGGUGACGGUCAACAACAUCCAGAAGUGUGAGAAGUGCAGCAAGCCCUGCCCGGAGGUGUGCUACGGCCUGGGAGUGGAUUUCCUGAAGGGCGUCCGUGCUGUCAAUGCCUCCAAUAUCCAGCACUUCACUGGCUGCACCAAGAUCUUUGGCAGCUUGGCCUUCCUGCCCGAGACCUUCACUGGGGACCCCAGCACCAACACGCCGCCCCUGGACCCCAAACUGCUGCGGAUCUUCGAGAGCCUGGAGGAGCUGACGGGCUUCCUCUACAUUGCUGCCUGGCCGCCUGACUUCCAGGACCUGGGUGUCUUCCAGAACCUGCGGGUCAUCCGGGGCCGCGUGCUGCACAACGGUGCCUACUCGCUGACGCUGCGGGAGCUGCCGGUGCGGGCGCUGGGGCUCCGUGCCCUGCAGGAGAUCAGCAGCGGGAUGGUUCUCAUCCACCACAACCCCCAGCUCUGCUUCCUCCAGAAGGUGCCGUGGGGCAGCAUCUUUCGCAACCCCCGCCAGCGCCUCUUCCAGACCCACAACAAGCCCCCCGAGCAGUGCGAGAGUGAGGGGCUGGUCUGCUUCCACCUCUGUGCCCACGGACACUGCUGGGGCCCCGGACCCACCCAGUGCGUGGCCUGCGAGCGGUUCCUGCGUGGCCAGGAGUGUGUGGCCUCCUGCAACCUCCUGGAUGGAGCCAUCCGGGAGCACGCCAAUGGGACACGGUGCCUGCCCUGCCACCCCGAGUGCCAGCCCCAGAACGGCACCGAGACCUGCUUCGGAUCAGACGCAGACCAGUGCGUGGCCUGUGCCCACUACAAGGACGCGCAGCAGUGCGUGCGGCGCUGCCCCAGUGGGGUGAAGGCUGACGCCUCCUUUGUGCCGGUCUGGAAGUACCCAGAUGAAGAUGGCAUCUGCCAGCUCUGCCCCACCAACUGCACCCACUCGUGCACGAUCCGGGAUGAGGAUGGUUGUCCUGUGGACCAGAAACCAAGCCAGGUGACAUCCAUCAUUGCUGGUGUGGUGGGGGCUCUGCUGGUCGUUGUCCUCCUGCUCAUCACCGUCGUCUGCGUCAAGCGCCGGCGGCAGCAGGAGCGGAAACACACCAUGAGGCGCCUGCUGCAGGAGACUGAGCUGGUGGAGCCGCUGACGCCCAGUGGGGCCCUCCCCAACCAAGCCCAGAUGCGGAUCCUCAAGGAGACAGAGCUCAAGAAAGUCAAAGUUUUGGGUUCUGGUGCUUUUGGCACUGUUUACAAGGGCAUCUGGAUCCCUGAUGGGGAGAGCGUGAAGAUCCCAGUGGCCAUCAAGGUCUUGCGGGAGAACACCUCACCCAAAGCCAACAAGGAGAUCCUGGAUGAGGCCUACGUGAUGGCAGGGGUGGGCAGCCCCUACGUGUCCCGGCUGCUGGGCAUCUGCCUGACCUCCACGGUGCAGCUGGUGACCCAGCUGAUGCCCUACGGAUGCCUCUUGGACUACGUGCGGGAGAACAAGGACCGCAUCGGCUCCCAGGACCUGCUCAACUGGUGUGUGCAGAUUGCCAAGGGGAUGAGUUACCUGGAGGAGGUGCGGUUGGUUCACCGGGACCUGGCUGCUCGCAACGUCCUCGUCAAGAGCCCCAACCAUGUCAAGAUCACCGACUUCGGGCUGGCCCGGCUGCUCGACAUCGAUGAGACCGAGUACCACGCUGAUGGGGGCAAGGUCCCCAUCAAGUGGAUGGCACUGGAGUCCAUCCUCCACCGGCGCUUCACGCACCAGAGCGAUGUCUGGAGCUACGGUGUCACCGUGUGGGAGCUGAUGACCUUUGGAGCGAAGCCCUACGAAGGGAUCCCUGCCCGGGAGAUCCCUGACCUGCUGGAGAAGGGCGAGCGGCUGCCUCAGCCACCCAUCUGCACCAUCGAUGUCUACAUGAUCAUGGUGAAAUGCUGGAUGAUCGACUCCGAGUGCCGGCCCAAGUUUCGGGAGUUGGUCACCGAGUUCUCCCGCAUGGCCCGGGACCCCCAGCGCUUCGUGGUCAUCCAGAAUGAUCUGGUGGGGCUGCCCGGCUCCAUUGACAGCACCUUCUACCGAGCCCUGCUGGAGGAGGAGGACAUGGAUGACCUGGUGGAUGCUGAGGAGUACCUGGUCCCUCACCAGGGCUUCUUCAGCGCCGAGACCUCCACCACCUAUCGCAGCCGUAUCUCCUCCACACGGAGCACGGCGGAGACCCCGGUGGACGUGGAGGAGGGCGAGGGCUUGGCUGCCUUCCCCUUUCCCCCUCCGGGCCUGCCCGAGGGACCCGUGACAGAGGGGCCAGAGGGGGAUGGAGGGGCCAAGGUGUCCCGGCAGAGCCCGUCGGGGCGGGAGCCCGGCCCCCUGCCCCGGUACAGCGAGGACCCCACCGGGAUGGCGGGAGAGGAGAGCGAGGGCCUGGACCCCGAGGGCUUCACCGCCCCGGCCCCCUGCACCACCAUGCCAGAGUACGUGAACCAGGCUGGGCAGCGUUCACCCCCCCGGCACCCCCACACUCCCCCAUCCCCGCCGGACAAGCCCAAGGGACACCAGGGUAAGAACGGGCUCAUCAAGGAGGCCAAGCACCCCUUCCCAGCACCCUUCGGCCACGCCGUGGAGAACCCCGAGUACUUGGCCCCCCCGGCGCCCACCCCCCUCCCCUUCAGCCAAGCCUUCGACAACCCCUACUACUGGAACCAGGAGCCCCCCAAGGCACUCUGCCCCGAGGGUGGCCCCAGCACGACACCCACUGCUGAGAACCCCGAGUACCUGGGGCUGGGCAGUCCUGAGGACGCAGCCGUGUAGGGGCCUGUGGAAACCCCCCCCACUUCACCGAGGCAGCUUGGGGAGGGACAGCACAGCCAGAACCCAGCCGGGGGCUGUUCCCUCUGCCUGGUGGCAGGGUGACACCGGCCACGCCACAGGGUGACACCGGCCACGGAGGGCUGGGAGAGCCCCAGACGCUGCGGGACGGCAUGGCAGCAGGCGUGGGGAUGGAGGGGUCACCCCUUGUGCCCCCCCCUCUGCCCCUCCAAGCCCCUGGAGGUGACCCACAAGUGCACUGAGCCUGACAGUGCUCAGCCUGAGAGGGCAGCCACACCACGGCCCCUCCACCACUGUCACCCCGUGGGCUGUUUCCCCCCCCAUCCUCCCCACACCCCCCCCCGGGGCCACCCCGGGACACACGGACUUGCACUGAGCACAGGUGGGGCUGGGCCCACCCCCCACCCCCUGUGCCCACCCCGCUGUACAUUUGAGAACUGGACA